CCAGCCCAGAGCUUAUAGGAAGAGGAAGCCUCAUCCCUGCGCAGAGGAGGAAACCCGACAGCCCAGAUGUGCACAGAGCCACGCCGAUAGCAUUCUUAUAUUCUUUUUUUUCCUCUGCAAACAGAGCAGCUGCCGGAGCAGCGGCGGGCACGGCCCAGCCCACGGCGCAGUGAAGAGCUGGGAGGCUGCGGCACAGCCCUGGCGCAGCCAUGGGACAGAAGUGCAUGGACAGUGUGUCCUCCUUCCUCUUUGAGUAUGACACCCCUCGGAUGGUGCUGGUGAGGAACAAGAAGGUGGGACUGACCUUCCGGCUGAUCCAGCUCAUCGUCCUGGCGUACAUCAUCGGGUGGGUGUUCCUCUACGAGAAGGGCUACCAGUCUCAGGACAGCAUCGUCAGCUCGGUCUCAGUGAAGUUGAAAGGGCUGACACUGACCAACGAGAGUGUCCUGGGUCCUCACAUCUGGGAUGUGGUGGACUAUGUUUUCCCACCCCAGGGGGACAACUCGUUUGUGGUGAUGACCAACUUCAUUGUCACUCCUGGACAGAAACAAGGAACCUGCCCAGAGCUGCCAGAUGCUGGGCUGUGCACACGGGACAGUGACUGCAGCAAAGGGAAAUACAGCCGGCAGGGACAAGGGCUCAUGACUGGCAAGUGUGUACACUUCAACAGCACUGUGAAGACCUGCGAGAUCUUUGGCUGGUGCCCUGUUGAAGUUGAUUACCAUGUUCCCAGCCCUGCCCUGCUGUCAGAAGCAGAGAAGUUCACCUUGUUCAUCAAGAACAGUAUCACCUUCCCCAAGUUCAAGGUGUCUAGGCGCAACUUGGUUGAGAGUGUUACCAAGCAGUACCUGAAGAAAUGCACCUAUCACAAAGGCACUGAUUCCUUAUGUCCUGUGUUUGAACUGGGAUACAUAGUGAAGGAAUCGGGUCAGAAUUUUACCUUCCUGGCUGUUAAGGGUGGAGUGGUGGGCAUCACCAUAGACUGGAACUGUGACCUCGACUGGCCCCUGCGGUACUGCAAACCCAUUUACCAGUUCCACGGCCUUUACAAUGAUGACAGUAAUGUUUCACCAGGGUUCAACUUCAGAUAUGCCAAAUACUACAAAGAAGAUGGGAUGGAAAAGAGGACACUCUACAAGGUGUUUGGGAUCCGGCUCGACAUUUUGGUGAAUGGCAAGGCAGGCAAAUUUGACAUCAUCCCGACCAUGACCACAAUUGGCUCUGGAAUUGGUAUUUUUGGAGUGGCCUCUGUCCUCUGUGACCUGCUCCUGCUGCAUUUUCUCCAUGGACGAGACUAUUACAAGCAGAAGAAAUUCAAAUAUGCAGAACAGGAGCCUUCGAAGUCGCAUAAGAAGGCAAAGGAGCCAGACAACACACAGUGAGAGGUCUCUCAUAGGCAAGUGCAUCCUUCUCCUGUCUCUGGGAUGUCUGGAACAUUGGCUGAUCCCAAGAAGAAACCACUGAAAGGAUUUUUGGGUUUGUGGGUGUUAGUGGCUUCACUGGAGGAUGGAAAUCCAUAGUCCAUAUAAUGCUGUGGAGCUGCUGCUGUUACCAGCUUUGGCACAGAUCACCUGGAUCACACUGUUCAUCAGGUGGGAGAUGGGGCCAUCAGGGAUGUGACUGGGGUCUGUGGCUUGAAAGAGAUUUGGCCUGGGGAGGAAAAAAAAAAUUAAAAAAAAAAUUCAGGGCACUGGGAUUGUCCCUUUGGAAAUCUUCAAAAUCUGCAGCCUUGUGUUUUCCCUGUUGGGACCUGUGACCCUUUCACAGAUGGACAAGGUCAUUGUCCCUGCUGGGGAUGUGUGUGAGGAGUAAGCAGCCAAAGCCCAGGAUGCAGGACAUGGAGAACAUCUGGAGUAACCCCUGGCUGAGAGCCAGCACUGCUCUCAAGUUUGACUAACAACAUUAAUUUUCCAGCCCUGCUUAUUUCUUGAUUUAGGCAUAGCUCAGACCACGUGCAGCAGAGCCCAUCUACUCCUUGGUGGCACUUAGGGAACAGUCUGAGUUACUCCUUGGCAAUUGGAAUUUCCCUUAAAGGCUAAGCUAGAGAAAUGUUGUUGGUGACAGGAGAUGCAGAAGAGCAGCUUGUUUUAUGUUUCCCAGGACCUCAGACCCGGCUCUUGGUGCUCCCUCUUUCAUUUUGACUGUGUUCCCAGGGGAAGACCAUGUGUUCAGGGAAGGAGGCAGAGCUUGUCAGGAAUGAAGCCUGAUCCCACAUCCCUCCCCUCUCUGGAGGGCUGCAGAGCUGUCCACUCUAGAUGGGUAAGAUUCCACAAAAGCUGGGGAUCAUCCCACCUCACCAGCUGGAAGGAGAGCUGCCUGACAGGUCUGCAGGUGUGGCCAAUUGCAUUGUGCAUCACU